GCGAGCUGAGGCAGCUCGGUACAAGCAGGCCAUGAGCACCUCCUUCUCCGUCCUGCUCGCCUUCCUGGCGCUGCUGGCCUGCCACGGCCACGAGGCCGCGGUGCUGGAGCGCUCGAUCUUUCUGAAGGAGAGCAUCCGGCUGCUGGGCGAGAUCCUCUCCACGCAGGUUUCCUGUGACAAGGCGAACGUGACAAACGUUUUUGCAGGCAAUGAGGUAAGACGGGAACGCCGACUCGAAAGCUGUGACUCGGCCAUCGGCGGUGGCGGGAGAGGCUCCCCGCGGGGCCUCAAACCCUCCCGUGCCCACGCAGGCAGGGCCUGGGGCCGAGACGUCCCCGUGCUGCCGGCACCAGCGAGGCACCGGGGCGGUGGGACACGGCCACCACCUUCUGCGUGCCCACCCCGAGCUCUGUCUCAAUCCAUGGGCACAAAACGCUGGCGGUGGCAUCGGUCCCCGUCCGCGUGGCCCAUUUCUAAAAACGCCGUCUGCAUCUUCUUCCAGACAGGCACCGACAUGGAGCUCCUGUGCAAAGCCUCCACGGUUGUUUUCGAGAGCCUGAGCUGCCACAAACCCCUGAAGGGCAUCUACCUCAACUUGCUGCACAUCGUGACAAAGAGCACCAGCCUCAAGGCACCGUGUCCCGUGGCAGCAGGCAACACUACCUCCCUGCAGGAGUUCCUACGGGGCCUCCACAGAACCCUCCAACGAGUAGCAAAAGAGAAUUUGUGA